CUUGGGGUGGGGGCUCCCUGAGCUGGGGCGAUGGGAUAUCUGACGUCACAAAGCCAGGCCUGGAGCCAGGCAGGCUGUCGUGGGUGGCACGGAGUCCGGGGCCGCGCGGUGCCAUGGGCUGCUGCCAAGACAAGGACUUUCAGAUGUCUGAUGAGCAGGAAGAAGGGUCCGCGGACCUCGGGGAAGGCGCCGAAAAUACCGACUCCCCAGACCACCGGAAUCACAAGUCGAACGAAAGCCUUCUGAUCACUGUGCUGUGGCGGCGGCUAUCCAUGUUCAGUCGUCGGGGCUCGCGGUCAAGCAAGAGGCAAUCAGACGUGGUUCGGAAGAAGGAGACUCCGAUUCGAGAAGGCAACCAGGCGGAGCCGGAGAAGGGAUGA